UUUUAAAAUGGAUCAAAAUUGUUAUCAGAACAUUUAGAAAAAAUUAUUAGAGAAUAAAUUAGAUUUUAGUAACAAGAAUGAUGACGUAAAGAAUUUGUUUCUAGAAUGCAAUAAAAUAUAGAAUGUACAAUUAAUAUUUAAAUUUAAGAAUGUGCUAGGUUAUAAAAUUAUGACUCAGAUUUUUCAAGCAAUUUAAAAAUCAGGGCAAAGAGUCUUACUUUUAGAUUAGGAUCAAAUCUAAAUAAUCAGAUCAUGCAGAUGUUUGGCAAUUUUAGGUUAUUUGUAUUUUCAAGAAACAAUUAAAAUAUAAUAAAAAGAUAAAGAGUUUAGAGAAAAUAUAAGAAAUUAGAUAGAUGAUCUCUAAAAACAAGGUUAGUUAGAAAAAGCUUUUUUGUUAGAUGAAGCAAUGAAAUGCAAAACAAAAGAAGAAUAUACAGAGAUUAGUUCUAUAAUUAAAAUUAUGGUAAAUGUGUUAAUAGAUUUUGGAUCCGAUUCAUUUCAUUUUACUUAAAUCUUUGAUGUAGUUCUAAAUUCCUUAUUGCUAACAGGAAAUAAUACAACGAUUGGAAGAGAUCAUCAGUUAUUAUCUAUUCUGGAUAAAUUACAAAAGCUUCUUGAGGAUUCUCAAUCACCUUAUUUAUGGACUAUUGUCUUAGAAUCAAUAUUAAAUGCAUCCACUUAUAUGGAAAAACCUACAGAUUUUGUAUAACCUAAUUUAAUUGCAAGAAUUAUCAUAUUUAAAGUAUAUUAUUCUAAUUCAUAUAUAUAUAGAUUCCAUUUAUUGAUGAUAUCUUUAAUUAUUUUGGUACAUAUUUAGGAAAAUGUUAUAAAUUUGAAUAUAAAAUGUUUGAAUCUAUGUUAAACUUUGGCCUAACAUAAUAAACACUUGAAUUAAUAUUGAAAUUUAGCUAACAAUUUGUUAAAGAAUAUUAAACUGAAAUUUUAAUAGAAAUGAGAAACAAACUUGUUCCUGAUCUAAUAAAAUACAUGAAAAAUGUUUCUUGUUUUGAUUAGAUCUAAAAUUUAUUUAAUUAAUUCUUAAUUUCUUCUUUUUAAUAAAUAAGUACUCCAGAAUUAGAUAAAUAACAUUAUUAAGAAAUCAUAACAAACUUUGAUAAGAAUUUUGAUUUAUAUUAAGAGAAAUAAUUACAAAGAAUUGCAAAUUUUCUUGCAUUAAUGCUAAGAUAUUAUAAAAAAUAAGAAGUGAAAGGCUUUGAAAAUUUAGAAAAAAAAUUUAGAAAUAAAUAUAUCCCAAUACCAAAUCCAAAUUAAACAUCAUUAGAUAAAAUUGAGUAAAUUUAAAUUUGGUUUAAUGAUGAAAAUUAAUAGAAUGAAGAAAAAUAGAAACCAUAAAAAUUAGUUGGUUUGAGAAAUUUAUAAAAUAGUAAUAUUUAUAGUAUUAAUAAAUAGCAUGUUAUUUAAAUAGCUUCAUUUAAGCAUUAUUUUGGACAUAAGAUUUUAAAAACCUAAUAAUUAAUGUAUUCAAAAGAGAAGAAGUUGUAUUUUUAAAAUCAUUUAGUUUAAAAACAAAUUUUUUAAGAGUAUUUUGUUUAUAAAUAACUUUUUUAGUGUUUUUUAUUUUUAGAUUCAAUGACUGAAGAGAUUGAUUAUACUCCAUUAUUAUUAAAAAGAUCUUUAAGAGAACCAUAUAAAACAGAUGUUAGAUAAUAAGAUGCAGCUGAAUUUGGUGUACAUUUAUUUGAAGAUAUGGAAAAAAAUUUUAAUCCAGAAGAAUAUGUAUUUUAUUAAAUAUAUUUAUGUCGUAUAGAAAUAAAUUAAAGAAAUAUUUUAUGGUAUGUCAAAAUCAACUUUUAUAUGUAAAAAUUGCGAUAAACCAACCACAGGACCAGAUGAAGAAUUUAUGUAUAUUACUUUGAACUUUGAGGGUAAUAGAAUUGGGAAAAAUCAAGAUGAAAUAGAAAAAAUGAUCUAAAGACAUUAAAUGAAGGAAUAAAUAACAUUUAAUUGUGAAUUAUGCAAAAAGAAAACUUAAAGUACUAGAACUUUAAAAUUUUUAAAAUUACCUAAAAAUAUAAUCAUUUAAAUUAACAGAUUUGAAUUCUAAUAAGGAAUUCGUUCUAAAAUAAAUGAUCAAAUCAAUUUAAAACCUAACAUUAAAAUAAAAGAAGAAGAAAAAGAAUUAAAUUAUGAACUAUAUGCAAUCAUUAUACAUUUUGGAGAAAUACCUGAUGCUGGUCAUUAUACUAUUUAUUGUAAAGUUAAUGAUGAAUGGUAUCGAUUUGAUGAUAGCAUUGUAACUAAAAUUCAUAGAGAUUUUGAUAGAGUUUAAAGAAAUUUUAAGUAAUAUUUUAAAUAAUAUUAUUAUAGAAAAGAAGAAACCCCAUAUUUGUUAUUCUUUAGAAGAAAAAAUGAAUGA